GUUUUUGUUUUUAUAGAUUUUUGACGUCGAUAUAUUGACGCACCUUGUUGUUUUGUAAUCAUAAUCCAAAGCCUAACCUCUAAAAAUUUCAAGUUAUAUUGGCAAUCUACAAAAAUAUUCUCCAGUCAGUGAUAUAAUUAGCAGUGAGUUCGUUUGCAACCUGCUAAACGUAGUUAGUAUUGCGUCAAGAGAGCGUUUCAAAUGAACAUCGUAAAUUGUCCAAAAUAAAAUUUAAAUAUGACGACGCAAAGGGACGAUCUGAAGGAGCUCUUCAACAAAUACUGCGAAUGGCAGUCGCACAACAAUCGGGGCACGCAGAUUGGAAUAUAUUCCAUAGCUUUUAUUGGUUUGAGUGUUGCUUUGAGGAGAGUUAGACCUUUUAAAAAAUUUACUAAACCAGACGAUGUGCCGAAUUCAUACAUUAGAAACCGGCGAGAAAUCACCGGAGAAGUCUGUAGAAUUGAGCCCAAUGGAGCUGUGCUAAUGGUGAAGCAUUCACCAAUCAUUAAAGUGCCUUUUGUGCACAAACAUAAUGAGGAUCUGCCUGUUAAAAUCGCAAAUGUAAACAUUAACAGUCUUGGUAUUAACUGGUUGCAGUCUAUUGUUUCAGGAAAUCAGGUUACAUUUGUUCCCCUUUCAAAAUAUUCAAAAUAUCUUUUGUGUGAAGUGAAUUUAACACAAAAAUUACCUAAGAAGAAAGAACAAACAAUCAACCUGGGCGAAUCUCUCUGCUCAAUAGGUUUUGGCAAGUAUGAAAAUCGCCCAAUCAAAGUAAACGACAUCAUGCAUAAAAUCUACAUUGAUCGACUCAUGUACGCUGAGGAACUGUACGUGAAACGCGAGAUGGGCAUUAAAUAUUACUACGAACCGACGAAAGCCUUACUUAUCAAUAUACUAUCAAUUUUCCGCGUGUUAUCGCUGUAUCCGAUUGUCAGACUAGUGAAAUUUAUCAAAUCACGACUGCCGAAACAACAAGCGAAAGCAAUGAAGACUGAUGAAAAGCAAUCGAAGAAACUUACAUCCGGCAGCAACCUGGAGAGGAAACAAUUGGAUGUCGGCAGUGCCUAAUAGUCAUUCAUAUAUUUGAUUGUAUCAUAUUGUUUAACCGCAGUAUUUUGUUCUAUUUUGACGUUAAUCGCAACUACGAAUCAUUGUACCAUUAUAAAGCCAUGAAUGAUUUACACGCGGGGAUUUUUUUUAUGUAAGAGGUGAUUUGUUACUAGCUGGAGUUAUAUUUUUGGAGUAAAGCAUGUUUAAAUUUGUUACUUAUAGUGCAAAGUGUAAGAAAGCCAUGUAGCACUUGUUAACUUUACAACUUUAUGCAAUAAAAUUAAAUUAGUUUAUUAUAA